AUCAAGAAACAAUCCAUCUUCCACUUAACUUCGAAACAUCAUCUUCUUGGUUCUCAUUAUUGCUCAUGGGAAAACAUUUCCCAAUAUUGUUGAUGAAAACGAAGCUCACACAUACAUUGUUCACGUGCAAACGCAAAAGGAAAAUGAGUUCCUUGGCGACCAGGAGCGAGAGGCUUGGCAUCGAUCAUUCUUGCCGAACACCACCCUUGACUCCGGUAAGCAACGACUAGUCUAUUCCUACCGAGAAGUCAUUAGUGGCUUUGCUGCAAGACUAACAAGCCAAGAAGUGGAGGGCAUGAAAUCGAUGGAGGGAUUCAUACAUGCACAACAAGACGAAGAACUCUCACUUAUGACCACAUACACUCCCUCUUUCAUAGGUCUAAGCCAAUGGCAUGGCCUUUGGGUUGAUUCUUUCAUGGGACAAGGAAUGAUCAUUGGAAUAAUCGACAGCGGCAUCACUCCAGGCCACUCUUCCUUCAAGGAUAGCACCAUUGACAAACCAAUGCCACCACCACCAACAAAAUGGAAGGGGAAAUGUCAAUUUCGAAAACAAGGUUACUGCAACAACAAGCUCAUUGGCGCAAUAUCAUUCCAAAAUGGGCGAAGUCCAGCACCAAGGGAUCAAAAGACAGAUGGGCAUGGCACACAUUGCGCAGGCAUUGCUGCAGGAAGCAUGGUCCCUGAUGCUGAUGGUCGUGGUCUUGCCAAAGGCACUGCAUCUGGUGUGGCACCCAGAGCUCACUUAGCAAUUUAUCAGACAUGUACGAAGACAAGUUGUCAAAACAGUGAUAUAUUGAAGGCUAUGGAUCAAGCAAUUGAUGAUGGAGUAGAUGUGUUAUCUAUUUCUCUACUAAAUGAUCCCAGGCCUUUCUAUCGAGAUAGCAUGGCCAUUGGUGCAUUCUCAGCGACUCGUAAAGGUUUGGUUGUUUGCAUGGCCGCAGGCAAUUCCGGCCCCGAACCUAGUUCGAUACGGAAUGCUCAGCCAUGGGCAAUGACAGUGGGAGCUAGCAGUCACGAUCGAAAAGCAAAAGCAACUGUAAAGCUCGGAGAUGGCACAGAAAUAGACGGGGAAACAGGAUAUCAAGAUAACAAUUUCAAUGCCACAUUGCCUCUUAUUUUCCCGGGUCUUCUCCAUAAUGGCACAGAAGGAGGAGCUGCAAUGAUCGUAACAAGCACGAUAGUAGAAGGGCAUACAACAUUUUCUGAUAUUCAUGUCCUUCCGGCAGCACAUGUAGAUGAUCAAGGAUUGCAGAGGAUUGCACGUUACAUAGAAUCUGUUCCUAAUCCAAAUGCAACAAUAACUUUUGGUGGCACUGUUUUUGGAGCACGUCCAUCUCCAACCAUUCCUUACUUCUCGGCUAGAGGGCCGAGCAUGAUUAAUGGAGGUAUUCUGAAACCAGAUAUCGUUGGACCUGGAGUUAACAUUCUCUCAGCAUGGCCAAUCAAGCCUGGUCCAGGACCUAAAGCACCUUCUGGGUCAUACUUCAACUUUCUAAGCGGGACAUCAAUGGCAACUCCUCAUCUCGCUGGAGUCGCUGCAUUACUCAAAAGCACACAUAAAAAUUGGUCACCUGCAGCAAUCAAGUCAGCAAUCAUGACAACAGCAGACAGGUUAGACCGUGACCUCAAACCAAUCAUCGACGACUUCACUGACGAUUUCAAUCUCACUGGCCGAGAACCUGCCAAAUUGUUUGCCUUAGGUGCAGGGCAAGUGAACCCACAAGCGGCUAAUGACCCUGGUCUCGUUUAUGACCUAAAACCGUUCAACUAUAUCCAAUACCUCUGUGGCCUUGGCUACAACGAUGUUAAUGUUUCGACCAUAGCUAAGCGCCAAAUCCAAUGUGCCAACCUUGUCAAGAUCAAUGCCGAAAACUUGAACUAUCCUUCAAUAUCAGUUAUGUUGGAUCCAAAGGUGAAGAAGAAUAUCACAAGACAGUUAACAAAUGUGGUCAAUGGAGGUACUGAAGUUUAUCAUGCAGUGGUUGAAAAACCAAAAGGAAUUAUUAGCGUUAAUGUUUCUCCUAAAAAGCUUCGCUUCUCAAAACUUGAUCAGAAAAGGAAGUUCACUGUUGAAUUUGAAGUCACUGGCAUUCCAUUAAGCCAAGGUGAGACAGUGGAGGGGCAGUUGCUGUGGAUAUCCGCGAAACAUGAAGUUAGAAGUCCGAUUUUGAUCACCUUUACGUGAGAGUUAAUUUUAAACUAUGUUUGGAAUUUAAUUUGUCAAUCAACAUGCAUGGCUGAUCAGUCCUCUUUGGUAAUUAAAAUAUUAUAUAUGUACCUCAUCUAGUAGUCUUUUUUUUAACUAAUAAUGAUACAUGGCUUUUGUGCUCCAUGAGCUGGGCAUGUCCGACCUAUAUAGGCGCACCACCGAUCGUCUUUCA